UUUUUGAUUCGUUAGAAAAAAUGACAAAAUGAUAAUUAAUUUUCAAUAUCUCGUGAGUCUUGAGAAAUUCUAUAUAAAUUUUUUUUUGAAUUUCUAAUAGUAAUAACAAAUUGAUUAGAAUUAACAAGCAGAAAAUAUCAAAAGCAUUAUGUUCCUUACGGUAAUGAAGUUUUUCUAUGAUAAUAUGAAAAAUUGAAUAUUGCGCCUGAAAAUAUGUAAUACUUCAAACUCCGUCGAUAACACCUUAUGCAUGACAACACCGUCAUACAUAUACGUAAUACCAUAUUGCCUAUUAUAAGGAUAAAAAAUUAUUGAUGAUUAUUGACGAUGCAUAUAAGCAUCAUUAUCAAUGAAAUAUGAAGUGUUGCCUGUAUUCAGGUGCGCAAAUAAAUGUACUAAUUAAUAAAUAAUCGACGAUUAAAAAAGCAUAACAAAAAAAAGAAAAUACUUAACAAAAAAUCAUUCAAAAUGUUCGUUAUCCGAUUGAAUAACUGCCAUAAUACAAACUAGAUAGAAUUUUCAAAAUAACAUACAAUUACAUCAAUGUUCAUAGCUCUAGUUUUAUUUUUAUAAAAAAAUAAGAAAUACAAAUCGAAUUUAAGAAACAAAAAAAGAAAAAAAAAAGAUUAAUUAAUUCGUUUAUAAUAUUGCAACGUGGUUUUACAAUUGAAACAUGCGCACAAGUAUCAUUAUUAUCAUCAUAUAGCGGCUUUGCAUGCGACUAACUUUAUUACGAUUCUCAACUGACUGUAUUUUACUGUGGUGAGACCACCGUGGGUGGUGGUAAGCGGUUAUUAAACGUGUGUUCAGGUUUUUGUAUUAGUAUAUCAAAAGUGUUAUUAGUAACAAAUUAACGUUGUAUGAAGAAUAUAUAAUUGAUGCAGAAGAAGUGCAUCAAUAAAAAGCAGCCACUAACAUAAAGUUUGCAACUAAAUCAAUUGGAUUUGCAUGAAUCACGGCCAAAGAGCCGUAAAUUGCUGGUUAAUGGACUCAAACGCGUUUACCGGCUAUGUCAACUACGUGUAAAAUAUUUUUUAAUAUAAUGAGCGCAUGGAAAUUAUUACAACGACGAUGUUACGAUAUUCUUUCGUAUAAGUAUUCGCUCCUCGUAAUACUAGUAGCAUUUACGUGCAUAUUCAUCGGUAUUAUACAUUUUGGAGAGGUUUGGUUGGCAUGGAGUAAAGAGAAAUAUGAAGCUGUUUUUCAUUCCUUUAAUGAUAAUAUAUUAGGAAAAUCUUUUCAAAAAAAAUUAUGUCAACAUGUACCUAUAGAUGUAGUAUAUACUUGGGUGAAUGGAUCCGAUCCAAAUUUUAUAAAAAGUCUUCAAAAGCAUAUUCCUAUUACCGAUAGUAAUACAAUUUCUUCGAGAUUCAGCGACAAAGAUGAAUUAAGAUAUUCUUUAAGAUCAUUAGAAAUGUAUGCACCUUGGAUAAGACACGUUUACAUUGUCACCAAUGGGCAAAUUCCAAGUUGGUUGGAUAUGGAUAAUCCUAGGAUGACUCUUAUUACUCAUGAAGAUAUUUUUCUGGACAAAAGUCAUUUACCAACUUUUUCUAGUCCUGCUAUUGAAAGUCAUAUUCAUAGAAUACCCGGUAUCUCUGAUAAGUUUUUAUAUUUUAAUGAUGAUGUAAUGCUUGGCGCAGAAGUAUGGCCAGAGGAUUUUAUAACUCAAGCAGGUGGUCAGAAAGUGUAUCUAGCAUGGUGGGUUCCUGAUUGUUCCGAUAUUUGCCCAUGGGCAUGGGUAGGAGAUGGAUCGUGCGAUCUUGCAUGUAAUACAACUCUAUGCGAAUUUGAUGGCGGAGAUUGCAAUUCUACUUCAUUAUCCACCGAUAGUGAGCCAUUCGAGGAGGAAAGUGAUUAUCCGUAUAAAUAUUUACAGAUUGUAGGUGAAAAAAAUAAAUCUAGUACUGUGUCAUUUAAUAAUUCUGAAAUAAGAAAUAGUAGUACUACAGUUGCAUGGUUACAUACUGUAGGAAUGACUCAUAGAACAUUAAAUUCCAAAAAUUAUAGUUCAUCUGCAAAUAAUCUUACAAAACUUUUUGAUAUCAAGGAAUAUAAUGAUAAUAGUAAAACAAUAAAACUAAGUGACACUAAUGACAUACCUGAAAGUAUAUUUGGAAAUUCUAAUCAUACAAAACUACAUAUACAAUUUAAACGCUACCUCAAUGAUGAUAUCAUUAAUCUAGUACAAGGAAAUAACAGUAUAAAGUCAAAUAAAUUGAAGUAUAGUGAUCAAUGGAAACAUAAAAAGAGACAGCUUGAUACGUAUGCAGAAUCCUUGCUGUAUGUUAAUAAAAUAUAUAAUAUAAUUUAUGGCUUCGAUAGAAGAAAAGUUCCAGCGCAUAUGCCUCAUUUGAUAGACAAAUGGAUUGUUAAUAGUAUGCAAAGAAAGUUUGAGUCUGAUUUUAUAAAAACUUCUAGUCAUAAAGUGAGAAAUGCAGAGGAUAUGCAAUUUGCAUUCUCUUAUUUUUACUUUUUAAUGAAUGAAAAUCUUUAUAUACCAGUUGAAGAUAUAUUUGAUAAGUUUGAUACUGAUAAAUCAGGAACUUGGUCAGAUAGAGAGAUACGAACACUUUUAUCAAGAUUAUAUCCUUUACCAUUAGAUUAUAAUUUGGUUGUAGAAUUUGAAAAUUCUAUCACGAAUUGUUCGAAAUAUUUGAAACUCACGGAAAAUGUUAAGGCACCACCUGGUGAAAGAUACUUGGAUUCUACCCUUCCUGUAGUGUCUAAAGAGUUAAUAUCAAAUUGUGAUUGGGUCGCAUCCAAAAUUGAGGCAAGAUUUGGCGAAUCCAAACGUUACAAGCACGAAGUUAUAAAAGCUGGAAAAAAUGAGAUAUUUGAAAUGUUAACAAGUAACGUGUCUCUUACUGUACAGCUUUUGGAUGAGAUUAGACGUGAUCCAAAAAAGUUUAUAUGUUUAAACGAUGAUAUGGAUCCUUUACGUCAUUCCGAAAAUGAAAUCGUUCGAGCAUUAUUAAAUGAUUUUUAUCGUUCCUUGUAUCCUUUAAAAAGUACAUUUGAACUACCUCCGCAAUUCCGUAAUCGAUUUUCUUAUCGUGAAGAACUUAUUGAAUGGCGUGCAAACCGAACAAGAACAAGAAAUUUAUUAUUGAUACUCAUAAUUUUGUUAUUGAUCAUUACUCUAUAUCAUUUAUCAUAUUAUCAUAUACGAAGAAUUUUUAGAAUUCGCACACUGCCCACUCUUCUUGUAUAAUGAAUAUAAUAUUUCAAUGAAAUCAUUUAUACAAAUAAUUUAAAUAAUAGAUGAAGAAAGAAGAGUCAGUUAAAUAUAUAUAAUUCGACGGUGUAUUUAUAGGAAAGUCGUAUCUUCAGUCAUAAGAAUUAAUCACAUUUUAACUCAGGAAAAUAUUAUUAUUAUACAUGUCCAUGUGCAAUUUUUUAUUUUUAAGAUAUUUACAUAUUAAAGAGAGUAAGAGAGAGAGAGAGAGGGAGAAAGAACAAGAGAGAGCGAGAGAGAGAGAGAGAGAGAGAGAGUUUGGUAAACAAAUUUAUCAUUCAAUCAUAAAAUCAUUCUCGUAUAGACAUUUUUCAUUAUUAAAUGUAAACAAUUAGUAGUUAUAUAUGCACAUAUUUACAACGAAUUUAUAUAAAAAAAAAAAAAAACAAAAAAAAAAGAAAAGAAAAACCCACACAUUGUUAUUAGAUAAAAUUAUUAUGAUAUAUUGUUGGAAAUAUGUGAUACACAUGAUUUUGAGAGAUUUUUUUCUAAAAAUAAGUAACAGCGUCUUAACUGUGAUAUAUAUAUAUAUAUACAUAUGCAUAUAUGAUAAAUUAAUAAUUAUCUUUUUACGAAAUAUAGAU